AACCCCUACUGAACAUGCCCCGGAUCAGCGUCACGUAGCUACUUAAGCGCCCCUGAAAUGCCACCCAGAUCAUCAUCCGCUCCAAAGCCAACACAGCAGCAGCAGCAUCAGUCAGUAACCAGCUCGGGAAGCAGACAGAGCGGCAGCAAUGGGGAGCAAGAGAUCGCCGCGCGCGCCGGCCGUGGUGGUGGUAGUGGUGCUGCUGCUGUUCGUCCUCAUGCCGGACGAGGCGGACGCCCAGGUGUUCUGCCGGUCCCAGUUCAACCUGGCCAACGAGGCCUGCAGCCUGCGGACCUACCCCGGCGCCAACCCGGCGGUGCCGCCGCGGCGGCCACUGUUGCUCAACGCGUCCUCGUCCGCCAGCGGCUACGAGCUGCAGGCGGCCGGCGACGAGCACAGCGCCAGCGGCGGCCAUGGCGGCGAGCACGGGAGCAGCCACGGCAGCGAGCACGGGGGCAGCCACGUGAGGCGCCGCCACGGGCACCAGCACCACGUAGGGGGCGCGGACCCGUACGACACGGCGUGCUGCCGGCGCCUCAUGGGCAUCGACAACGCCUGCAUCUGCCAGGCCAUGUCCUUCCUCCCGCAGUUCAUGAGCAGGGUCAAGCACUCCAUCAAGCUCACCCCGGUCCCCGGCUGCGACAUCUCCUUCGAGUGCGCCGGCGUCUACUGACCACGCCCCGCCCCGCCCCUUCCCACAGUUCCAUUUUACUGAAAACGUAGCAGCCUCUGCACCAGCAAUUUUCCAUUUUCUGGUCUAGUUUAACAAUUCUGGGAUUUAUUUACAUUAUAUAGUUCUGUUCUGGAUGCUUUUUUCUCCCUCUCAUGACUAGUAGGGACCUUUUUUUUUCCAUAAUGAUUAAUAGUGAACUUGGCAUUCUCCACACACUGGUGUAAUUUCUAAAUAGUACUUCCUCCGUCCGAAAAAACUUGUCCCAAGCUUGUCCAUCAAAUGGAUGUAUGUUGCACUAACUUGGAGCUAGAUACAUCCAUUUGAGGGACAAGCUUUUCGGACGAAGAGAGUAAAAACUUAUCUUUCUGUCCGUUUGGUUUGGCAGUACAACUUUUUAAAAACCGCAGUAAUCCUAAACCUCAGUAUUCCAGUGCCUGGGCAAUGACCUCUUUUUAUAAAAAAACAGUGCUAUUUGUUGAUGCUAAACACAUCAAAGUUUAUAAAACCGUGGUUUCUGGAAAACUCCAAAAUACUUGGAUGCAAACGCAGCCUUAACUUGCCCCCCUUGGUAUUGAAAAUUUAUGGCAAUCUCAGAACUUAUUAGAAACAAGAAAAGUACAGUAAUACUCUGGACUCCAGA